AUGUUCAUUGUUAACCAUCAUAUGAACACUUUUCAGUUGAUAGUGAAAAACUUCAAAGAUGUCGCCGUGAAAUGGGCAAUGGAGCAUUAUGGUCAUCGAGUUCUACUUGCACUUUUUGACACCAUUGAUGAUACUGUACUCGUAAACAAGUAUAUAACCACAGAGUUGUGCCACGAAAUGAAUAAGUUGAUUAUGGAUACUUGGGGCGAGAAAGUAAUUCAUUAUAUUGUGCAUCCGCGGGAUGGCCGAGGAAUGCCACGAGAAGAGAUCGAAUUGUUGCGCGAGGGUGAUUCUAACCCCUACAGCAAGAAGGAAAAGAAAGAUCGUUAUGCUGAAAUAUAUCGGAGCGUAUGCGAGUCAUUAUAUGCUUAUCUCGCUUCAAAUAUGGAGUCUUUGAUUUUCGAGCACAAUAGGUCGAGAUUCAUCGCAGCUUGCCUGGAAACUACAAGUAGCUACGAUCUGUUCGAUCGACAGGUUCCUGCCGAAAUGCGUCAGAGAUGUAAUGAGGCAAUUGCUCAGAUAGCCAAACAGGAGUUCAUACCUAUGGAUAAUGAACGUCUUCACUUGAUUGAGCACCACGCUGGGCAUUUCGUUCUGAUGGCUGCGUUAAGGUGUGACAAUGGUCUGCCGGAGGAUCAGAGAUUAUCUGUUGAAAUCGUUAAUACUUUACCCAAAGAAGCGCUAGGCUCUUGGAUUUGUUGCAAUAAGGGCUGCCACGUGUUGCUAAAAAUGCUCCAUUGUGGAUCAAGUGUUGUGAAGGAAAAAAUCAAGGAAGCGGUGAACAUGAAGCAGUUGAAGGAAUACACUUUCCGUGGUGCUACUCUACUUGUUGAUGAACUGGGAAAGUAA